UAUAUCAUGCUGUUUCUCAUUUGAUUCUUAUCACACCAGGGGCAGCCAGAGGGAUUAGAAACCUUGAAGAAUCCAACUUCCAGCAACAUGACCUGUGCACUGUAUCAAGGCCCUCUCCUGCUGCCGUUGCUGCUGCUUUCACUCCUCCACAGCUCUCAGGAAUUCUGUCCAUCCACGUGCCUCUGUGUAUCUGACACAGCGAGCUGUAGCUCCAGUGGUCUGGCCAAGCUACCCAAGGCCCUGCCUUUCUCCUCCGUCAUCCUCGAUGUCAGCCACAACCACAUUUCCUGGCUGGGUCCGGGCAGCUUCAAGAAUCUGCCGAGACUGGAAAACCUCCGACUGGCCCACAACCAGCUCACCUCACUGGACCCUGGGGUGUUUCGCAAUGCCUCCGGCCUCAGGUUCCUCGAUUUGUCCUCCAACAAGCUGCAGGUGGUCCAGCAACACUACUUCCAGGGGUUGUGGAGGUUGGAGGAGCUCCUUCUCUUCAAUAACAAGAUCACACAGGUGGAGCCUGGCACACUGACCGGUCUGAGCAGCUUAAAGAAGGCCUACUUCAGCCUCAACCAGAUCACACACUUCCCAUUCUUCUCCAUCCAAGACCAUAGCCAUCCCUUCCUGACCAUGCUGGACCUCUCAUCCAACCGAAUGAGUCAUCUGAAAUGGGAGGACGUGAAAGCUUUGCCUGGGUUGGUACAACGGGGGCUCUACCUCCACAACAACUCUCUAAUCUGUGACUGCGCCAUGUACAGUGUGUUCUGGCACUGGGAUCUGAGAGGUUAUGACCCGCUGAAGGACUUCACCGAUGAGCACACUUGCAGCAUCAAUGGGGAUCCACGGUCGUCCAUCCGGUUCCUGCGACAGAACCGUUACUUCCUCAACUGCACCGUGGAAAAGGCCGUCUCGCAGCCCGUGACCGUGCUCCUCUCCAACGUGUUGGUUUCAGAGGGAGAGCGGGUGCGUCUGGACUGCCAAACGUCCCUGAUGAGUACAGACCUCUCAUUUACAUGGUUCUCCCCCAGCAAGGGGUACAUCACCCAGACCAGCAUAAAUGACACACUAAUUAGCCUGUUCGCUAAUGGUACCUUGGAGAUCCAAGCAGUCAAGGUCAACGACUCAGGUCUGUAUGUGUGCACAGCUCUGGAUAUUAAACAGGGACUAAAUGCGACUCGUGAGGUGAAUGUGACGGUGCUGCCGCCUGCAGGAGAGUCGUUCAACACCGGCUACACAACGCUGCUGGGCUGCGUGGUGACUAUGGUCUGCAUCCUCAUUUACCUCUACAUGACUCCAUGUCGCUGCAGCAGCUGCAAACAGCCCAAACCUCCACUUAUCCCCAUUGCGACCUACGACCCCAGCACCCUAACUUCCGCUUUCUCCUCCUCCGUGAGAGACGAGUCCAAAAUCCAAACUGACAAGCAUGUGGUAUUCGUGGAGCCAGUGAUUAGUGAAGACGCAGCAGAGUGGACACCUGAACGCUUACCCUGAACA